GUGUAGAACGAAUAUUAAAACAGCAUUGAUCUUAGGUAAGUGAGCGUUUCUUAUCUCUAUGUUUGGUAAGCGCAACCAUGACCAGCGGGACGUUCCAUUACUUUGCUUACGGCAGUAAUUUAUUAGCGAAGAGAAUUCACAUCCAGAAUCCAACGGCCGUACGGAAAGGGUUCGGUUAUCUCAAGGAUUUUAGUUUGGAUUUUUUCCAUUACGCAGCUCGAUGGCGAGGUGCACCUGCUACAAUAGUGGAACAAGAGGGAAAGAAGGUGUGGGGUGCCAUAUGGGAGAUAGACAAUAUCAAUUUAGCUGAUUUAGAUCGACAGGAAGGAGUUCAUAAUAGUGUGUACAAAGCUUUAACGCUGCCCGUCGUGUUGCCCAACGGGACAACACUCGACUGCCGUGUUUAUCAGUUAGUUCGCAAUCCAUGCUAUUUAGCACCGGACGCGGAAGACCGACCCUAUGAAAGGCAGCCUUCGAAAACGUACAUGAACAUUAUCAUCAACGGAGCCAAAGAAACGGGACUUCCAGACGAUUACCUUGCGCUGUUAAAAAGAAUUAAGCAUAAUGGGAACACUGGUGAUCCACAGCUUUCGCUAGAAUUAGAAAGACCUAUCGAAGAUCUGUGA